AUUAAAGUUGAAACCAGAUCCCAGGAGAAGCUGGACAGGAAGCAGAUUUCCCCAAAGAAGAGAAGAGGGGUCCCAAAGAUACCUUCUAGUCAAAGGAAGAACAGGAGACUGGAAAAAAAGACCAGUUAAGUGAAGUUAAGAGUGAGGAACAGAGAAAGGCUCCAGGCUUGAAGGGAGAAAGCCACAGGAUGCAGACUUAAAGAAAAAGUUGGCCUUUGAGAAGUCAGAAGAUCCAAGGAGACAGCUGAAGGUCUGUAAUUCUUUACUAUGGCCAUGUGAAGCAGUGGUGUUCUGUUGGCACGCCCGAGUCAGUGAGAGAGAGUACAUGGAUGGAAGUUGAAUGUACAUGCAAUUCAGGAGAGCUGGUACCCCUGGAGGAAUACCCUUGUUGAAGGCAUCUGAGAGAAAGCAUCGGUUUCGGAGAAGAUUCCAAAGUAUUUGCUGAAAGUAAAGACGAGACGGCUUUAGUCCUAUUUGGGACUGAUGGAACUUCUAACCCCCUUGCUACAUCAGACCAAUACCAGAACAUAACUGUGCGCAGAAACCUGAUGAUUCCUGACUUUGGUUUCCUGGAAGAUGUUCAGAGCAGCAUCAGGGCAAGUGACCAUCAAGCUGAUUUUCUGGAUGCUCUGAUCGUUUGCAUGGACUUGCUUCAGAAACAAACCAUAGGAAAGAAGUAUGAGAAAUUACAUAUUGCAGUGUUCACCGAUCUGAACAGUCCUUUCAGUUCCGACCAGUUGGAUGCCAUCACGAGCAGCAUGAAAAAGUUUGGAAUCACACUGCAAUUCUUCUUGCCUUUCCCACUGGAUGCUACAAGCGCAGGAGGUGGUGGAGAUGCUGCAGAAAGACAUUGGAAUGCUUCAUCAGGUAAAGAGCUGACUGCACAACAGAAAGAAGGAAUAAGAAUGGUCAGGAAAGUGAUGCUGUCCUUGGAUGAAGAGGGAGGACUAGAUGAAGUCUUCACUUUCAGAGAAAGUGUGGAACGGUUAUCCAUAUUUAAGAAAAUUGAAAGGAAGCCCAUGGCAUGGCCAUGCCAGCUCACCAUUGGCUCCAGAAUCACCAUCAACAUCGUGGGCUACAAGGCAAUGACUGAAGAGAAAGUCAAGAAAAGCUGGAUGUCUGUUGAUGCCAAGACUCUGCGGAAGGAGGAUGUGAGGAGAGAGACCGUUUACUGCUUAAAUGAUGACAAUGAGACUGAAGUUCCAAAGGAGGACACUAUUCAAGGAUUCCGCUACGGUAGUGAUAUUAUCCCAUUCUCACAAGUGGAUCAGGAACAGAUGAAGUAUAAAACAGAUGGGAAAUGCUUCAGUGUCCUCGGAUUUACCAAGUCUUCACAAAUUUUGCGGCAUUAUUAUGUUGGACGCCAGGUGCUGCAGGUGUUUGCUGCAAAGGAUGAUGAGCAUGCUUCUGUAGCCCUGUCUGCACUGCUCCAUGCUUUAGAAGAACUGGAUAUGGUGGCGAUAGUUCGUUACGUUUAUGACCGUAGAUCAAACCCACAAGUUGGAGUGGCUUUCCCUGUGAUCAAAGACAAAUACGAGUGUUUGGCCUACAUCCAACUUCCAUUCACGGAGGAUCUCCGACAGUUCACCUUCACUUCUCUGAAGAACAAUAAGAAAGGAACAGUUUCAGAGGAACAGUUAUCAGCUGUGGAUGCUCUUAUCAACUCUAUGAGUUUGGUGGUGGAUGAUGGGGAAGAAAUGGAAGACCUCUUCAAAGUCAGUAGAGUUCCCAAUCCUCAUUUUCAGCGGCUGUUCCAGGGUCUUCAUUACAAAGCAUUUCAACCAGAUAAGCCUCUGCCUCCCAUAGACUCUCACCUGAUGAACAUGUUGAACAGGCCCAAGGAACUGGCUGGCUCCUGCCAGGCAUCCUUGGAGCAAUUAAAGAAGCUUUUCACUCUGCAAGAUUCAGGCAAGAAGAAGGAACAGAAGAUUGCACAGCAAAUCUUCAAAGACAAUGAAGUAGAGGAACUGGGCGCAAAGAGAGCACGUUCUGAUGAGGAUUUCAAUAUUGUUACGCUGGCUGAGGGAAAUGUGACUACUGUUGGCAGUCUCACUCCAGCAAAGGACUUCCAGGCUCUGCUCCAUCAGAAGAACUCAACCUUCAGAGAAGCAACCAAGCAACUGAUGGAGCGCGUCUACCAGUUCCUAGAAGUCAAGAAUCGGGAGUAUUACAUGAAAAGCAUGAACUGUAUCAAAGUCUGCAGGGAGGAAGCUGGCAAGGCCGGAGAAUCCGAACUUUUCAACAUGUUAUUAAAAACCCUUAAGGAGAAUGUGGAGGCAAAGGGGCUACAAGACUUCUGGGAGUUGAUCGUGCAAGACACUGUCACUCUCAUAUCAAAGGAUGAAGCUGCAGAAAGCACAGUGACCAUUGAUGAAGCCAAACAGUUUUUGGCUCCGGAGGAGAGGACCAUGGAAGAAGCAGCAGUUCCUGAGGACGAUGGAGAUGUGGAUGACCUGCUUGAUAUGAUGUAAACUGAAACUUCCCAAACGGAGGAGUGGAUGGUGACUGUGAGAUCUGGAAGAAGGAAAUGUCAUGGGUUCGUGCAACAGUGAUAGACCACUCAAGCUGCAAGAAUGUUUACACUGAUUUUUUACAAGAUAGAUUUUCUCAGAUAAACAUUGUUUCUACAAUCAUUCCACAGCUGUCUGCAUUUGCUCAAGUGGUUCUUUGCUCAUCAAUCCAGCAAGAGAAAAUAAAAGCUAGCUUUGAA